CAGAUUGACAGGAACUUCAAUUGAUUCCCUCUAGAGAGAGAGAGAUGGAAGGCCACAAGUAGUAAUUUUUACAUUUCAUGUUAUACACAUUCGAUUCUAGUUCAAGUUUAAUUUAAGAAAAAUUCCUGUACUCGAAUAGAAGUUUGUCUUAUUUUUCAGACUCCUGCCCUAAUAAUUAACUACUUCCACUUUAAAUUUAUUCACCAACAAUAUGGCAGUAGCCCAAUUCCUAGCUGGCUUGCCUUCGUUCAACGAGAAUAAUUUCUCAAAGUUCUAUACCGAUAGCAAUAAUAGGAGUGCAUCAAAGAGGCCGUCUGUGUAUGUGUCUACUAAAGACAUACCUUCCGAACAAAUAAUAGUGACCGAAAAGAACAGCAUCCUUCUAAAAUACAUGCAACAGCAUUGGGAUAAAAAGAAUGUAACUAAAAAACGAGAAACCCCUGCUACAGAAGAACCGAGUCGAAAAAGACCAAGAUUAGAGCAAUAGUAAUAUGGUGGAUUAAAAAGUAAAAAUAUCCUUUUUAUAUGUUUUCUUAUUUUAAAUAUUAUUUAUAAGUCGUUUUAUGUGUAAAUAUGUUGAGAAGCUGUACAGUAUGUAUGUCCUUGGAAGAAAUACAAGUUUAAGUUCAUAAGGUUAGGUUGCAUGAAGAAUCUAAUUAUCUUUUUUUUUUUAUAAAGUAUACACGCUUUACAUAGCUCCUAUCACAUAUAUGUAUCGUUUUGUUGAAAUAUAGUUUCUGCUUUGAAGUAUUAUCUAGAUAACAAUUUUUAUGUAUUGAAGUCUGCAGACUCAUGUUAUAAAAUCGAAAUAAAGUUUUUUUUUUCUAGGAUUUUAUGUUUUAAAUCAAAAACAUGUUAUGUACUUUAGUCCUAUUAUUAUUUCCAACCUAUUAAAUACAUAAUGUUAUAAUACUAAAAAAAAAAAAAAAAUGUAAAAUAAACUCCUUUUCCUAAUGUAAAUUGUUUAAAUGAAAAUUUGCUGAUUUUGUGUAUAAACUAAAUCCUUAUUCUUAAGAGUACUAGCUAGGCAUUCGUGGGAUUUCCCGGGGAACCCACCACAUCAAUAAUUUCACCCGGGUUUGGUUUUAUAUCAAGAUCUGUAUUAGUGAGCUGUGCAGGUAUCGC